UUGGUGUGUUCAAGCUAUGGCGACUUGGCGAUAAGAAUUCAAGAAUAUACAGUUUGUUCAUGGCCGCUAUGGCGUCUACGCCAUUGUCGUUUGAUUACAUUUCUUCGAAGCAGCUUCAAUUUUCAAUUCCCUUACCCAAAAUUCAAGCUUGGCACAGCUGUAGAGCUAAAAAUUUAGUAAGAGUUUAUUGUUCUUCUCCCCAAACAAUUCAUUCGAACAAAGACAAGCAAAUCAAUGAGAUAAAGAAGCAGAGGAAACCCAGACCAAGCUUUGUUAAACAAGUUCAAGAUAAAUGGUCCGUAAAACCCACUUCAUUGAGGGAGAAAUUCCCUUGGCAAGAAGGCAAUUCAGUAUCAGUAGAAGAAGUUGUAGAACGACAAGUCCAGUUUUCUGAGUUAGAAAAUCCAGUAGUAAAUGAGUCAGUAAGUUCUGGUUCAAGAGUUAAGGUUAAUUUAGCUCCUUGGGUUCAUGGAAAACAACCCAAAAUAUCUCAGGUUGGUGAAAGCAGCAGUGUUGGUAAAUCUCUUGAGAAUUCUGAAGAUAUUGGGUCAAUUAGGGAGGAGCAAAAAUCUUUAAAUAAACAAGUAAAUUUUGAUUGUGCCCCUUUGAGGUCACCACAGCAGCAAGAUUUUGAAAAAGAUAUCAAAUUGGAAUCAAAGGCUGAAGCCCGUGUUGACAAGGGUAUUACUAAUGCUAAAGAUUCAGUAAGACUGCCAUGGGAAGGUGACAAGUUGAGAAAAAAUAAUGCAGAAUUGGCAGAGAAAUUGAUACCUGAGGCUCAACUGAAGAGGCUUAGGAAUGCAGCUUUGAGGAUGGUGGAGAGAAUAAAGGUUGGGUCAGGUGGUGUAACACAGGAACUUGUGGACUCCAUUCAGGACAAGUGGAAAGUGGAUGAGAUUGUUAAAUUGAGAUUUGAAGGUCCUCCUUCACAUAAUAUGAAGAGGACACAUGACAUUCUAGAGCAUAGAACGGGAGGAUUGGUGAUUUGGAGAUCAGGCAGUUCCAUAGUGCUAUACAGAGGAAUAUCAUACAAGCUUCCUUGUGUACAAUCAUUUACUUCAAAAAACCAUGAUGUUGAUGAAUCAGAGUAUCCAAACAAUGAUAGUUGUCAAAGCCUUGGAGUCAAAUGCUUAAAUGAAGCUGCUGAAAGGCCAAGAAAUGGUUCCACUGAGCUGUCUAGUGAAGAAAUAGUGGAUUUAAGCGAGCUCAACAUGAUUUUGGAUGAAGUUGGUCCACGAUUUAAAGAUUGGUCGGGUCGUGAACCACUGCCUGUUGAUGCUGAUCUGUUGCCUGCUGUUGUUCCUGGAUAUAGACCUCCUUUUCGCCGUCUUCCUUAUGGAGCUAAACUUAACCUAAAAAAUAAAGAAAUGACAUACCUACGCAGAACUGCGAGAAUUAUGCCCCCUCAUUUUGCUUUAGGAAGGAACAGACAACUGCAAGGUUUAGCUGCAGCCAUGGUGAAGCUCUGGAGAAGAAGCGCUAUUGCCAAGAUAGCCAUAAAACGUGGUGUGCUAAAUACAAGCAAUGAAAGAAUGUCAGAAGAACUUAAGGUAUUGACCGGAGGAACACUACUCUCCAGGAAUAAGGAUUAUAUUGUCUUUUACAGGGGUAAUGAUUUCUUGCCACCUCGUGUCACAGAAGCGCUUGAAGAAGCAGAGAGAAAAAGUGAUUUCUUGCAGGAUCAAGAAGAACAAGCACGGCAAAGAGCAGUAACCUCUAUUGAUUCUGAUACUAGAGCUCCUAAAAGACCAUUGGUUGCUGGAACACUUUCUGAAACUAUGGCAGCCACUUCACGCUGGGGAAACCAACCUAGUAUUGAAGAGAGGGAGAAAAUGAUGAGAGAUGCAGCUGUAGCAAGGCAUGCUUCUCUGGUGAAGUAUCUUGAAGAGAAGCUAGCCCUUGCAAAAGGCAAGGUCAAAAAGGCAGAAAAUAUGUUACGUAAAUUGCAGGAAAAUCGGGAACCAUCUGAGCUGCCUACUGAUUUGGAAAUAUUAUCUGCUGAGGAAAGGUUUCUUUUCCGCAAAAUGGGUCUUAGCAUGAAACCUUUUCUUCUUCUAGGGAGGCGAGAUGUUUUUGAUGGAACUAUAGAGAAUAUACAUUUACAUUGGAAAUAUCGGGAGCUUGUAAAGAUCAUUGCGGAGAGGAGGAAUACAGCACAAAUAAAACACAUUGCAAUUACUCUUGAGGCUGAAAGUGGUGGCCUUUUGGUAUCUAUAGAUAAGACUACCCAAGGCUAUGCAAUUAUACUCUAUCGUGGGAAAAAUUACCAGCGUCCUAAUGAAUUCAGGCCCAAAAAUCUUCUGACUAAGAGACAAGCAUUGGCCCGUUCAAUUGAACUUCAAAGACGUGAGGCACUUAAGCAUCACAUAACAGCGUUGCAGGAUAAGAUUCAAAACUUGAAGUCUGAGCUAGAAGAUACGAACAUGGUUGAGGAGAUUGAUGAGGAGACCUUAUUCUCGAGAUUAGAUGCAUCUGAUGAUGAGGAUGAUAUGGAAAAGCAAUUCGAUGCGGAGGAUCAGAACUAGUAAUAGUCGAAUGCUUUUAAAGAUGGUGUUGCAUUGUUGCUCAACCGAGGCUGCAGGUGCAGAAAAUCCUCCAAUGAAGAAUCUGUUUGUGAAAUCAUUUGUCACUCAUUCCACAAAAAAGAAAAGGAUCUGUUGGUUAACGAUUAAAAAGGAAAAGGAUCUGCUGGUGAAAUUUGACCUGUCUAGUAAGUGCUGUUACACAAUAAACUGGGGACUGGCUAGUUUCAUUUUUGUGUUUGAAGUGAGAACUAGAAUGAGUACAUUGUUCAUU